AUGGAUCAUUACAUAGGACAGAUUAAUGUUGCAAACCAUCAAAGUGCCCAGGAGCUGGAGGAUGCUAUAUUACUGUUGCUGGAGGGUAAUCCAUUACUAGAAUAUGAUGUUCCAUACGAGUACGACUACUGGUAUGAAUUUCACGAUGUUGUUUUAUACGAGAAUACCCAUGGUCUCAGUCAGAGGCAUUGGGAGGAGGUCAUGAAUAUGAUGAUUGAAAGGAUAAAUGCCACAAAUUUUUUCUUGCACCCGAUUGAUGAUAUGCCAGCAGAGGCCCAUCUAGUUCCAAUUGAGAAUCUUCUAGAGGAUGAGGACCCCAUGGAUUUGCCAGUGGUUGAGGACCCCCAUGGAUCUACAAGUGGUCGAGGACCAGCUACUUGA